AUGUUCACGCGCGGGUACGCUGAGGGCGGCGAGGAGAAGGUCAAGGGCUCAGUCAUUGGUAUUGACUUAGGUACCACCAACUCCGCCGUCGCUGUCAUGGAGGGCAAGGUCCCUCGCAUCAUUGAGAACUCCGAGGGUGGCCGCACAACACCAUCCGUCGUCGGUUUCACAAAGGAGGGCGAGCGUCUCGUCGGUAUCGCCGCCAAGCGCCAGGCUGUCGUCAACCCCGAGAACACUCUUUUCGCUACCAAGCGUCUCAUCGGCCGAAAGUUCACCGAUGCUGAGGUCCAGCGCGAUAUCCAGCAGGUCCCAUACAAGAUCGUCCAGCACACCAACGGUGAUGCCUGGCUCGAGGCCCAAGGACAGAAGUACUCGCCUUCCCAGGUCGGAGGUUUCGUCCUUGGAAAGAUGAAGGAGACCGCCGAGUCCUACAUGGGCAAGAACGUCAAGAACGCCGUCGUCACCGUCCCCGCCUAUUUCAACGACUCCCAGCGUCAAGCCACCAAGGAUGCCGGUCAAAUCGCUGGUCUCAACGUUCUCCGUGUCGUCAACGAACCCACCGCUGCCGCUCUCGCCUACGGUCUUGACAAGGCCACCGACAACGUCGUAGCUGUCUACGACUUGGGUGGUGGUACAUUCGAUAUCUCCAUUCUUGAGAUCCAGGCUGGUGUCUUCGAGGUCAAGUCUACCAACGGUGACACUCACCUUGGAGGUGAAGACUUCGACAUCACUCUCGUCCGCCACCUCGUUGACCAGUUCAAGAGGGAGCAGGGUAUCGACCUGAACAGCGACCGCAUGGCCAUCCAGCGUAUCCGUGAGGCCGCUGAGAAGGCCAAGAUCGAGCUGUCUUCCUCCUCGCAGACCGACAUCAACCUGCCCUUCAUCACUGCCGACGCUUCCGGUCCCAAGCACAUCAACACCAAGCUCACCCGCUCCCAGCUUGAGAAGAUGAUGGACCCUCUCAUCACCCGCACCGUCGAGCCCGUCCGCAAGGCCCUCAAAGACGCCAACCUGAAGGCUACCGACAUUUCCGAGGUCAUCCUCGUUGGUGGUAUGACCCGUAUGCCCAAGGUUACCGAGUCUGUCAAGAGCAUCUUCGGUCGUGACCCCGCCAAGUCGGUCAACCCCGACGAGGCUGUUGCCAUCGGUGCUGCUAUCCAGGGUGCUGUCCUUGCUGGUGAGGUCACUGACCUCCUCCUGCUCGAUGUUACUCCUCUCUCCCUCGGUAUCGAGACCCUCGGUGGUGUCUUCACCCGUUUGAUCAACCGUAACACCACUAUCCCCACCAAGAAGUCCCAGGUCUUCUCCACCGCUGCUGACUUCCAGAGCGCUGUCGAGAUCAAGGUCUACCAGGGUGAGCGUGAGCUUGUCCGCGACAACAAGCUCCUCGGCAACUUCCAGCUGGUUGGCAUUCCCCCGGCCCACCGUGGUGUACCCCAAAUUGAGGUCACCUUCGAUAUCGACGCUGACUCCAUUGUCCACGUUCACGCCAAGGACAAGUCCACCAACAAGGACCAGUCCAUCACCAUCGCUUCCGGAUCUGGUCUCUCAGACGCUGAGAUCGAGAACAUGGUCAAGGACUCUGAGCAGUACGCUGAGCAAGACAAGGAGCGCAAGAACUCCAUCGAGGCUGCCAACCGCGCUGACAGUGUUGUAAACGACACUGAGAAGGCUCUUAAGGAGUUCGAGGACCGCCUCGACAAGGCCGAGGCCGAGAAGAUCAAGGAGAAGAUCGCUUCCAUGCGCGAGUUCAUCUCCCAGAGCCAGUCUGGCGAGGGCUCUGCCACCGCCGCUGAGAUCAAGGAGAAGACCGACGAGCUCCAGAACGCCUCCCUGAGCCUGUUCGACCAGAUGCACAAGGCCCGCUCCGAGAGCCAAAACCAGAGCGAGCAGCCUCAGCAGCCUGAGGGUGAGGGCGAGAAGAAGCAGUAA